CAACACGCGACCCACGCCGAAUGGACGCGUACAGCGCACACCACAAUGGGCACGGCCGACUGGAGAGAUUCCAUGCUCAUUGAUCUCACGGCCGACGACUCGAGUUCCUCCUCCGACCUCGAAAGCGACGAACAGCAGCAACAUAUUAGCCCUCUCACCUCAUCCCUACCAACCGCUUUGAAAGCACCACCACUACCUCCAUCCUCACUUCAACCCAUAGAGCCGAAACCUCCAAGCAUAGUUCCUCCCCCUCCACGGUUCAUCGCCUCGCACUUCACCCCGCAAUCGCAAUCGCAAUCGCAAUCACCGCGCACACCGUCCGCCCCGACGCCAGUGAGUUUCGCGCGCCAGAAACCGACGUUCAAAGUCAACAGUGCGAAUACCCGAGCGAACGGAAGAGGGCAGGGCGACUGGGCUGGGCAUCAGAGCUUCGAUGGGCAGGGGAAAUUGGUGAAGGUAUGGAAUGAGAGCGUCGGUUAUGAAUACUCGUCCGGGGCGCCGGGGCAGGCCGGCGGGCAGGGAAUUUACAGCGGAGGGCUGAAUGGCUCAAAUGGGCAGGUUGGCGUGGGAGGUCAUGAUGCUGUGGCAGGUCACAGUCAAUUUGGUGUCCAGGGAAGCAUCUACAGUGAGCAUCACUUUGGCGCGCAAAGUAAUCUGGGGGUUCAAGAUGCCUGGGGUCGGAACCAAAUCUUUGUGGGUUCUUCCAGCGCCCAACAUAAUGGUGUCAGUCAACACGUUCCCAGCGGCCAGGGUGACUCGAGGGGCACGGGGAGUCAGAUCAAUAACGGCGGACAUGGUCCAAGCAAAAUCGUUGACUUGACGGAAGCUACCAAGCUCGGUGAUUUUUCUGGCCCCCCAGACAAAAGAAGGAAGCUCACCUAUAACAACGACGGCGAACCAACCGUGCGCUCGUUGAAUUCUGCGCUUAGAAGGGAUUCGGAGAGGACAGUUGCCGUACCAGACACUAUGGUCAAGCACGGAUCGCGAGCGCUAAAUAUUAUAAGAUCGCCAGAUGAGGACAAUCCUAUUUUUGAAAGCGCUCUUCCUGAAAGCAGAGUUGCAAGAGACAAAUCAUCUCCACUGGACCAGGAGUUAGGACCUUCGGACCUAGACGACGAUCUGCCAUCGGAUGACGACGCUCUCAAAUGGAGGACCCCCCAAUCCAACCUGUUGAAGAAAAGGAUAUUACUAGAAAGUCCGAAUCAGUACAGGCUGCAAAAGCCUAAAUACUCCCCAGCAAGCAACCAGACACCAUCGGUUCUUGCCAAAAAGAACGAGAACAUUGUGCAGGAAAUUGAAUUUGGACCCAGGCCUUCCGAGAUCAACAAGCCUGUUUCUCUUCAAUCGAACGCUUUCUUCCCCGCAUUCGCGCCCUUACCUAAGGCACAAUCCCAAAGCCCGUUUACCGAGCAAGAGGAGCACCUACUCAUAUUUCUGAAAGAAGUCAAGAAGAUUAGAUGGACCGACAUCGUCAAGGAGUUCCCUGGCCGUUCAUUUUCAACCAUGCAGGGCAGAUACUCUACCAAAAUCAACCGCAGAGACCGUGCCCUGGAUCCCCCUCGCUGGAAUCUACCACCCAAGUAUGCGGAUGAGAUGACGGGCUAUGAGCGAUUUGCUGAGUCGAUGAACGUCGAGCCUUCCGUUGAAGCGACACAGCCCCGGGUAGGAAUUGAGUCAGGCUUCGAACCUUCAACGAACACAACACAACCGCGGGUAGAAAACAGGGCCGGUCUUGAAGCUUCCAUCAGAGCCAUCCAGCCUCGACUACGAGAUGAUACGAACCAGACUGAAAAAAGGCUUCAGGGGCAUCAUUCCCAUGAGUCUGCGUACUCAUCCGCAACGGAAUCCGGUCCAAGAAGAGCGACUCGAGCUCGAGAUCACAAAAUAAGCUACGAUCUGUCGCGCAAGUUUGCCUCUGUAUUUCGAGAUGAGGAAAUGGAUGACACCAUUUCACCUCAGGAGCAGACUCCAUCUUCAAGAAGGUUAUCGCCAGCAGAGUCACCAAUGUCUGAAGCAUCUACGCUUGGCACUGUUCUUCCUGUAGAUGAGCAAAUGAACGUUGAUUUCGAUCAAGAAGACGCGACGCUUGUCGUUUCCAAGCAAAAGCUUGACUAUUUGACGGCAAGUGAAAGAUCACUUAUACGCAGAGGAUCCCGAUUGGCAGAGUGGGAUGUCCGGAGUGGCCGCGCAUGGCAAGGUGUGAUCGUUCAUGUUGACUUCAGUCAAGAAGAAAUGCAGAUCGUGGAAGAUGUUCUCGUUUGGGUGUCUAGAACUCCUUCAGAGCGGUCGUCUACGAGUCGUAGAAAACGUGUCCAACACAUUGCACAACGCUUGACCGAAGCCAAACGUAUGCGAGCAUCGCAUGAGCUUUCAAAUGUACUCCCCUUGCGCACUGGAAAAAGCAUAGAUGCUUUCCUAGAAGACGCGGCGUCAGGAAAACUUCGCCGCGGCACUCCCCACAUCCAGAGAAUAGGGGCAGUGCGGCCAAGCAGACAACACAGCUCACGACCUAGGACGUCAGCGCCGUCGUUUUUGCGAGAGCGCGAGCUUGGUCUACAGUCUCAGAGAGGCUGGAAAUCAGCUUCGCGAGCAUUGACGUACCAGUCACGAAACACCAUCUACGAUACAAUGGGGCCUGCCCGAUGCUAUACUGGGGCUUCUGGCGAUGUUCACGCUGCAGCCUGGUCCCCGGAUGGCGAAUCGUUCGUUGCAGGAGCGGUAUGUGUUACAGAUCCGCACUCACGGCAAUACAAUAGGCCAAACAAUCUUCUCUACGGAGACUUGCAGACGAACACGAUCCAUGAGCUAGCAAAGCAUCAUGUUGAACGAGAACAAACUAGUGAGGGUCCAAACUCCACACAUGCAAUGCAUGUGUCCCAGGACAAACGACUUUUCACUACUGUUACAUCUGCACUCUUUACGCCCGACGGCCAAUACAUGGUCUCUGCAGGCUAUGACCGACAAGCACGUGUGUGGAUGCUGGCAGGUUCCGGGGAGCAGCCAAUCUUUGAAAGGGGAUUGAGCCACAAGGCAGAGGUUGACCUCAUGGUCAUCAACCGCGACCCUCAAAACACGCUUUUGGCAACUGCCUCCAAGCGAGACGACAAGUCUAUCAAGGUCAUACACGAUUUCACGGGGGAUAAUGCAAGGCCCUUCGCCGAAACCUAUUCUUCUAGGAAGGGAAGUGAACGACCCGAUCUCAAGCUUUUGCCCACCGCGCUCGAAUUCGAGCCGAAUUAUGGCCAUCUUCUGCUCGCUGGAUACGGGGCGAACGUAAAUGAAGAUCGCUCUGACAGCUCCGGCGACAUUUGCAUGUGGGAUGUUGAAAUGAAGGUCCCAAUAGGUGUAUAUGGGGCGUCUAGAAACGUUUUUGACGUAGCUUUCAAUCCGAUCGCCGUGUCACAACCUCACUUCGCGGUUGGAUGUGUGGCCAGCGGCAACGUCAAUCGAGGCACUCGUUCACUGGUCCGGCUGUAUGACGGACGGGGCGCGGACAAAUACUCUUUGAACAUGGAACUAGAAUGUCCGGCCUUGGAUAUGAACUACAUCAUGUAUUGCCCAUAUGACGAGAAUAUCGUUGCUGCUGGCUGUACCGACGGCCGAGUAUACAUCUGGGACCUCCGCUGGCCUGACGAUUUGAAAUACACUCUGAAACACGGAAAGUCUUUGAUGCCUCUCAAUGACUUCGACAAACUCGAGGAAGUCGAUACUGGAGUCCGUUUCUUGUCCUGGGGUGACAAUGCCACCCGUUUGUACAGCGGCUCCUCAGAUGGCGUUGUCAAAGUAUGGGAUGUUGCGCGUUCUACUGAGGACGUAUUCAUCAAAGAUUUGAUCACAGUUGAUUCAGGCAUCAUGAGCGGAGCUUUCAGUCCGGACAACAGCAAACUGAUCGUUGGUGAGGUCAAUGGGUCCGUCAAUAUCCUUGAAGUCGGCUUGGACGACCGUCCGAAAAAGGACAUGGAGAAACUCAGCUACGCACCUUACGCCAGCUCUGACGACGAAGAUGAAGACGAGGACGAAAAUUUCAAUCCCAGGGUCGAUACUCCAGUCGACCCCUUCAGCUCUGGACAGUUCAUGAACGUUCCCUUCGGCGGAUUCCCAAUGCGCCAGACAGUACAAGGUCCGAACUAUACCGGGCCCAUGGACAUGAGCAUAGACGCCCCGUACCUACGGGAACAAGCUCUCGACUUCCAACUCAGUCUAUCUCAAGCCAAGGAACCGCAGUGCGACAUUCCCGAAUGCUUCAACGACUUCGUCACGCUCACCAGUGAAGAAGUCGGCGACUCCCAGAGAAGCAAGGACAGAAUACCCGACGAGCUGCGCCAGCAAUGGCACGCCGCCAGCAACCCCACCGAUCGCAUCAUCGUCUCCGGCAAAUCGAAGUGCUCCAACUGCGGCCGACCCGCGCGUCCUCCCGAAGCCAGCGAGAUCGACGACCCCGUUCUCUGCGAGCGCUGCGGAUUCGCUUGUUUCCACUGCGGCCAGCACAACGCAAUCGCCCCUGAGACCACAACCCUCAAAUGCACAACCUGUGCCGGAGUAUGGAGCAUCGGCGCCCUAGGCUACGACCUCCUCCGCAAACCAAACAUGCGCGCACUCCUCCCUGACGUACCGUCCCUGAAAGGCUACGACAGGGACAUGUUCGAGGCGCGCUUGAAUCUCGAGGAUAACGCUACGCAUGGCGACGAGAUGAACGCUUUGACGGACUAUUAUCACUCAUUGACUAUCGAUGAGCCGGCGUUUUGAUUGAGCUCUCCUUGCUAGAGGCCCCGCCACCUCACCCCUUGAAAGGCAAAAGGCCGUCAUGUAUCUGCCUUUCCAUCUUGUGCUUUUCCUCUUUUGACUUUUUUUUCUUUCGUCAGUACUAGAUGCAGGGACGGAUUUUGACGUUUUAUGUUUUUUUGUCACUUGUAGCUUGAUGAUACCCCCCCUCCUCCCCUUCCUCCCUUUCAAAUCACAUGAGAUACUUCCUUUACUUUUGGGAAGGAAACAGGGAAAAGGAAAAAUGAUAAUUGGUUGUGUGCAGUCAGGGAUUUUUGAAUGAGAGAUUUCCGUAUGGAUGAGUGAGUUGGUGGCAUGGAGAGAGAC